GAUCAUACAAGUGAUAUGUAUGAAUUGGAUACAGGGAUUUUAAUUUUCAUUACGUUUUUAGCUUUUUGUUCAGGAGAGACAACUUACGAAUGCGAAGGAAAGGAAAUGAAUCUACAGUGUGGUGACAUGAACAAUCUGACUAUUAUAUCAUCUCUGUAUGGUCGAACUAAUAAUACCAUCUGUAGCCAUGCAACUGUUAAAGAAACAACAACGCCCUGUUAUGAAAAUGUUACAUCUAAAGUUCAAUCACUUUGUAAGACCGACUCGACAUACAAGUAUGUCAGCAAAUGUACAAUACUUGUUAAGAACACACACUUUUCAGACCCCUGUCCAGGAAUUUUCAAACACUUAACAGUGGAGUUUGAGUGCGAUCAUGAAAUGUCAACACAGAUGGACUGGACUCCACCUCAACAAACUUCAACUAAGUAUUUGACAGACGCUAAUAGCUCUUCGACAACAGAGUAUACUGUUACAAACAUCCAAAACUCAAGCAAUUCGUGCUGCAAGUGUCACUCAAGUUCCUCUCCAAACAAAACCUGGAAACCUUUCAGCAUCAAUACACUAAAAUUGAACAAAAGUCAACUCUCCAGAUCAAUUCGUACAAAGAUCUCCGUAUAUGAGGACAGCCCAACAGCAAAAGGACUCGGAGUCUUAGCUUUGUCCUUUAUGAUUCUUGCUUUAUCGUUAAUAGUUAUUCCUGACGCUUUCAGUCUCCUCCGAUUUAUUCAACUUAAAUGCAAGAAGAGGGAAAAAGAAUUUUAAUUCUAAUAAGAAAGAAGAAUGUUUUCUUCGAUCAAACAUUUUAGACAUUGUAGUAACCGAAAAGCGUGAGUAAAUGCAAAAUUGGAUAGAAAAAUAUUAUG